AAGAACAUGAUCCUGGAUCAGGCCUUUAAGUACAUAACAGAAAUGAAAAGGCAGAAUGAUGAACUUCUGUUAAACGGAGGGAACAAUGAACAGGCUGAAGAGAUAAAAAAACUCCGGAAACAGCUGGAUGAACUGCAGAAGGAAAACGGGAGAUACAUCGAACUCCUGAAAGCAAAUGAUAUUUGCCUGUAUGUUGACCCUACAAUCCACUGGAAGGGAAAUCUCAAAAACGCGAAGGUCUCGGUUGUUAUUCCCGGUGAUCAGGUUCAAAAGAACAUCGUCUACUCAAACGGGAGUCAACCCAAUGGAACUAACCAGGGAGCAUCUGUCCAGGGAAUAACGUUUAAUGUUGGUCACAACUUACAAAAGCAAACCGCCAAUGUUGUGCCAGUCCAGAGAACUUGCAACCUAGUGACUCCUGUGACUAUUUCUGGUAUUUACCCCGCAGAAAACAAGCCAUGGUCGCAAACUACAGUUUCUCCGCUGGCGUCCGUUCAGACAGCUCCAGCAGGGAACGUUCUGGAGCUUUCCACGCUGGAGAAUGAGCGAGGUGUGCUGGCCGCUGCUCCUGCCAGCUCGCAGAGCGCAUCUCGAUCCGCAGCAGAACAGCAACUACAGUGUUCUUCAAGUAAUGCACCACAGAACGAUCAAAACCUCCCCAAAAGUAAAAAUGAGGAGGAGGGCACUAAGUUAACCAAGAAAACAAUCCUGCAGGGAAUCAGCCUUCCUUCCAGUGCCUCCACGGAAGCUUCCCAAGUUCAACAGCCGAAUGCAACGUGCUCGAAUACACACAGUUCUUGGAGCGACCUUCAGGAAAGCUGUGUCGUUUCGGCCACGGACACAGCUUGUGUGCCCUCUGUGAGACUCUCUACUGCAGAUAGCUUUUCCUCUGCAAACGUCCUCAAAAGCACAGACUCGGUAAGUAGCGCCGGAGCGCCUGUGUCUUCUGCAGCGGAAGGAGUUAAAGCCGCGACGGCGAUAAGCGCUCUGCCUGCCGGUCCCCUGGAGAACUGCUGGUCUUUUUCAGGCUCUUCAGGUGUCGGCACCUCGGACUUGAAAAACAUGAGUAGCCUUACGCGGAUGCCUUCAGCUGGAAACACGCAGACCACGUGGACGACAUUGCAGCUUGCGGGGAACACUGUUCAGCCGCUGAGCCAAACGCCGUCCGGUAUAAUGACCGCCCUAUUAAAUGAGCCCGUUAAUGGUGCCGGGACUGUAUCUUCUGCUCACGGCAGGCCUUUGACUACGAGCAUCAGUCUGAGUACUUCUCUGCCUGGGGACGGCCAGGCAGCUGAACAGAUUGUAGUUACCUUGCCCUCCUGCCCACCCUUACCUAUGCAGCCGUUAAUCAGCCAGCCACAGGUUAAAACUCAGGCUGCAGGAAAUAUCCUUCCAUUAAAUUCAGCUAUGCAGGUGAUUCAGAUGGCUCAGCCAGUCGCGUCGGCGGUUACGGGAGCACCAGCUAACCAGAACGUCAUCAUUCUCCAGCCUCCAAACCCCGCUCCCUGCCCUCCGAUUGUGAGAGCGGAAGUUCCCAGCCAGAAUGUUAGCCAGCAGAUUGUAAUUAUACAAGCUGCGAAUCAGAAUCCUCUUCCCCUCCUCUCCGCUCAGCCUUCUGCUUCUGUAAGAGUUCCCGUGAACGGGCCGACCGCGGUCGCGAACUCCAGCAGCUCCGUACAAAAUGCCUCUCUUCCGCAGACCUUCGGAGGGAAACACCUUGUCCAUAUAUUACCGAGACCAUCUUCUUUGCCAUCUUCUAGCUCCACGCAAACGUUUUCGGUUACGAUGUCCAAUCAACAGCACCCCCAGACUAUCUCAUUGAACGGGCAGCUUUUUGCGCUGCAGCCUGUGAUGUCUUCGUCUGGAGCUUCAAAUCAAGCCCCUAUGCAAAUCAUUCAACCCACGACCAGCGAAGAUCCAAAUACCAACGUCGCCCUCAAUACGUUUGGGGCUUUAGCUAACCUCAAUCAAAGCAUAUCGCAGAUGGCUGGGCAGAGCUGCUUACACUUGUCUCUCAGCCACCCCACCAAUCCCACGACUGUCAGCAACCAGAUCGCCACGGUGAGCUGCGUCUCGCUGCCAACGUCUGCGGCACCUGCAGUACCCGUGGAGGUUUCGGUGCUCACUAGUGCGUCAAACCCGGUAAAUGCUUCCCCCAAAAAAGCGGCUGCUGGCUUGCCAUCCGGUGCGAAAUCAAAAAGGACUAACAAAAAGCCGAGCACGAAGAAACACCAAGCAGUCACCGGUAAAGUGUCCUGCCCGGCCGCUCCUUGCAAAGAUGCAGGGAAGGUGGACUGUGCUCCUGUGGAAGCGGUGGCAAAGAAUUCCAACGGCGAGGGGCUGCUUGAAAAUGCCCCAGCGGUAUCGCAAGCCUUAGCGACGCCGCAGGCGAGCGCUGCGGCCGCGUCGAGCGGCGGGAGCGGGUCUCAGAGCCGGCCACCACCCGGCCCUGCCCCGUCAGAGUCUCCCAAACCCCGCGAACCCCCCGGCACCUUAAACUCCUCUCGUACAGACGCAUGCGUGACACAGCCUCAGGUUGCUGGGACGCCGGCGGCGCAGAGCAGCACGGUGGGUCAUACUUCCAAGGCAGGAACGAUUUUGGAUUCCUGCAGCGUUGCGCGGGAUUCCUCAGAGGCGAUGCAAGACGCGGACUUGUUAGAGGGGCAGGGUCUAACCAAAAUGCUGUCUGAUCUCACGAAAGAAAGAACAGCGGUGGAAAAAUCCUCUUCAUUUACCCUUCAGGGGGAGCAUUCUAGUUUUCCCAUGGAAAACUCAAAAUCAGCAGAAUCCAGUGCUGAUUUGCCCGAGAAGCAGGAUCUCUUGCUGAUGAACACGGAAGGAGAUGCCCUCUCCCAGCAUCACUCCUGCAUUUCUGAUCAGGAAGUGGUCAGUGCUUCCCUUAUCGCUGGCAGGCAGGCAGACUCCCCCAUGUCCACGAGCUCCGGCAGCAGUCGGGGCUUCUCGGUUGCAUCCAUGUUGCCAGAUACCAGCAGGGAAGACGUCACUAGCAGCACCUCAACCAGCACGUGUAACAGCUGCACGUUUUCAGAACAGACCGACAUCGUAGCUCUGGCGGCAAGAGCUAUUUUCGACCAGGAAAACCUGGAGAAAGGUGGAGGAGGAGGGAUACAGGUUAACGUGAGGGAUGCCGUCUCUAAGCCAACUGAGGUUGCACCUUCGGAGAGAGAGCCGCAGCCUUUUAAACCUCAGCCAGUGAAAGAAAGCAACGCAGGAGGGUUGGAAGCGGCAGCAACCAAAUUCAGUACUCAGGAUGCAGUACAGGCGAGUGCCGACAGACAGGUUGAAAAGCCAAGCUGCUCCGGCGGCGGCGUGGAAACGCCGAACACUUCUCUCCAGAUUUCCGCUUCCCAGUCUCCGAGCAUAACCAGUUUGAGCGUGAAUAACCUCAUACACCAGAGCCGCAUCGUCCAUCCCCUUGUGAGCUGCUCGAGUUUAUCCCAGUCUUCAGAGCCGGCAAGCGUCCCAGCAACCGUGAGCCUCUCCCUUCCGUCUAGCACGUACAUCAAUCCGUCUCCGGGACCCGCUAUGAUGAGCGAAUACGCUCAGGAACAACUGAAUGCAAUCAGGGCAAGCGCCAUGCAGGCUCCCCAGCUGCAGGAGCCUCACUUGAAGCAGCAGCAGAACCACGAAGGUCGCAAGGACUCUGCCAAGCGGGCUGUGCAGGAUGACCUUCUGCUUUCCACGGCGAAGAGGCAAAAGCAGUGCCAGACGACGCCCAUCAGGCUGGAAGGGAUGGCGUUGAUGAACCGGACGCCGGAGGGUAUUGCUGAUCAAACGCAGAUGCUGGUCAGCCAGAUUCCUCCUAAUUCAUCCAAUUCAGUGGCACCCGUCAGCAACCAAGGGCACGCGGAUGGCCUUAAUAGGUUAUUCCCAUCAAACGGCAACUUCGCGGCACCAGCUUUGAGGCAAACCGAAGUUCAGUGCGGUUCUCAGCCCUCCAUUUCAGAGCAGCAAGGCCAGGCGGGGCAGCACUUGCAGCCGAUUCAGCACGUUCCCGCUCAAGGCAUCUCUCACCUUCACAGCAACCACCCCUACCUAAAGCAGCAGCAGGCCGGCCAGCUGAGAGAAAGGCACCACUUGUACCAGCUGCAGCACCACGUCCCUCACGGGGAAAACUCCGUCCACUCUCACCCCCCCGGCGUCCACCAACAGCGAACGAUGCAGCAGGAGGUGCAGAUGCAAAAGAAACGAAACCUCAUCCAGGGAACGCAAGCCACGCAGCUUUCUCUCCAGCAAAAACACCACGGGAGCGAUCAGACGCGGCAAAAGGGUGGUCAGCCUCAUCCUCACCACCAGCAAAUGCAGCAGCAGAUGCAGCAGCACUUCGGAGCCUCCCAGCCUGAAAAGAACUGUGAAAACCCUGCAACCAGCAGAAACCAUCAUACCCACCCUCAGAGCCAUAUCAACCAGGAUCUUAUGCACCAACAGCAGCCAGACGUCGGCAGCAGGCAGCAAGGUUCAGCUUCCGAGCACGUGUCGGGGCACGGUCAGAUGCAGAGGCUGAUGACCUCAAGGGGCUUAGAGCAGCAGAUGGUGUCCCAGGCAAGUAUCGUAACCAGACCGUCGGAUAUGACGUGCACCCCUCACAGGCAGGAAAGAAAUAGGGUUUCCAGCUACUCUGCCGAGGCGCUCAUCGGGAAGACGCCCUCUAAUUCGGAACAGAGAAUAGGGAUCUCCCUUCAAGGCCCGAGGGUUCCUGACCAGCUUGAAAUGAGAAGCUACCUCGAUGUUCCUAGAAACAAAGGGCUGGCCAUUCACAACAUGCAGGGUCGCUUAUCUGUCGACCAUCCAGUGGGCUCGGACGUGCAGCGGCUUUCUGACUGCCAGACGUUUAAGCCAGCUGGACCCAACCAACAGCCGGCGGGCAACUUCGACGUACAGGCUUCAAGAAACAGCGAAAUUGGUAAUUCUGUGUCAUCCCUCAGGGGCAUGCAGUCGCAAGCCUUCCGGAUCGGUCAAAACACCGGGCCGUCCAUAGAGAGGCAGAAGAGAUUGCCCUACCAGCCAGUACAGGGUAUUCCAACAGGAAAUACCCUGCCGUCGAGGGAAAACGAAAACACCUGCCACCAAAGUUUUAUGCAGAGUUUACUCGCCCCUCACCUCGGAGAUCAAGUCAGUGGAAGCCAAAGGUCAAUCCCGGAACAUCAAAGGAACACGCAGUGCGGCGCCUCCUCCACGAUCGAGUACAGCUGUCCCCCAGCGCGGGAGAGCGUCCACAUCCGAAGAGAUGGCGAUGGCCAGAGCAGAGAGAGCUGUGACAUGUCGCUUGGUGCGAUUAACACAAGGAACAGUUCUCUGAGUAUUCCCUUUUCGAGUUCUUCUUCCUCGGGAGAUAUUCAGGGGCGCAACACGAGCCCAAACAUCUCCGUGCAGAAGUCCAAUCCCAUGAGGAUGACGGACAGUCAUGGAACGAAGAGCCACAUGAAUACGCCCGUUUCUAGCAACAUGCAUGGGGUUGUGAGGCCAACGCACCCUCACCCCGCGGUUUCUCACGGAAAUGGCGAGCAAGGGCAACCUUCUGUCCGUCCGCCGAAUUCUUCAGUUACUCAGCGGUCGAGGCAUCCUCUGCAAGAUAACGGAGGUUCCAAAAUACGUCAGCCUGAAAGGAAUCGGUCUGGAAAUCAAAGGCACGGAAACGUCUUUGACCCUAGUCUUCCCCAUCUCCCCCUGUCCGCCGGCGGCAGCAUGAUCCUCGGGCGCCAGCAGUCUGCCAUAGAAAAAAGAGGAAGCAUCGUCCGGUUUAUGGCGGAUGGCCCUCAGGUGUCGAACGAUAACACGGCCCCCGACCAGCAUACUCUCUCUCAGAAUUUUGGAUUUCCUUUUAUUCCGGAGGGAGGCAUGAAUCCCCCGAUAAAUGCCAACGCCUCUUUCAUCCCACCAGUCACUCAGCCGAGCGCCACUCGCACGCCCGCUCUAAUCCCGGUCGAUCCUCAGAAUACCCUGCCGUCCUUCUAUCCUCCUUACUCUCCUGCCCAUCCUACCCUUUCCAACGACAUUUCUAUCCCUUACUUUCCCAAUCAAAUGUUUCCUAACCCAAGCACGGAGAAGCCGAGCGGCGGAAGUUUGAACAAUCGUUUUGGAUCCAUUUUGUCUCCUCCCCGGCCCGUCGGUUUCGCUCAGCCGAGUUUUCCUUUGCUGCCGGAUAUGCCGCCGAUGCACAUGACCAACACGUCCCACUUAUCCAACUUUAACUUGACCUCUCUCUUCCCGGAAAUAGCCACAGCUCUUCCUCCAGAUGGUUCGGCGAUGUCGCCUUUGCUUUCCGUGGCAAACACAUCCGCUUCGGAUUCUUCCAAGCAGUCCUCAAACCGACCCGCCCACAACAUAAGCCAUAUCCUCGGUCACGACUGCAGCUCCGCCGUAUGA